GCGGUAUAUAUACAGGUGCUGGGUGAGGCAGACGUCACCUCACCCACGACAACCGACGGAGACUUCGACCUUCUACCCGUCUACAGAGGUGAGUAUGUUCUCAAGUUGUGCCCUUAGUCCUGAGGACCUAAUAUAUAUUUAUAUUUAUAAAUAUAUAUGUGUAAUUCUAUUUAUUUAUUUGUUGUGGUAAAUUGUUUUGUUAUUUAGUUGUUUUUUUAAAACAAUCGAUGUUCCUGUGAACAAUAAUGUUCAUAAUGUACGGUUAUUCUAAAUCAUCAGUAAAUUUCUAGCUAUGACUCAUCACGUAGCUUUGGGAUCACAGUGUAAAACUAAAAUAAUAUUCAAUUUUAAUAUAAUUUCCGUUAUUUAAAAUUAGCCUUAGCCAAAACUUAAAAUAUGAUAAGAUUCCAGCUUUAAAAUAAACUUCUAAAAUAGUUAAAUAAAUUUUUGUUUUUUUUUAAAUUUUAUGAAGAAAAAAAAAGCUGAAGUAUUUAUUUCAAUGCAAAUUCAAUAUAAUACUGACAUGGCAUAUCAAGAUAUUAAAAUAAUCAGUCACUGUACAGCACUAACCCCAGGAAGUGCAACAUUAAGGAAUAGCUCUCUUCCCGUGCCAUUCAUUUAAAGUUUCACAAAUUGCAAAACCUAUCAGCUCACGUGUUAAAAUGUCAGUCUACGGCUUGAUCACUUGCAAUAGUUACCAGAAAACUUCGACUUUUGGGGGGGGUGGGGGAGGUUAAAUUGUUACGAUGUUUGCUUACAUUUUGAUUAAUUUCUAUUUGGUACAAUGUAGUCUUCCUGAAUAAUCCAUUUUACAGAAAGUUUGAUAUAUAUCACACAAAUAUCAGCUUGUAUUUCUAAACAUUACAAACUGUUUGUUAUAUUGUCGAUGAUUUAAAACAAACAUUGUUUUCCUCCAUUCAGAUAUUUAAAAUAAAAAAAUGGUUGCUAAACUAACCUUUGCGCUUGGCCUUGCACUUCUAGUAGUGAUCUGCACUGUUAAUGCCGCACCAGUAAGUAUUGUCGGGUGUAGACUGUAAGGGAAAUGGGAGACUCAGUAAGUGUUAUCGGGUGUAGACUAUAGGGGAAAUGGGAGACACAGAACGUGUUAUCGGGUGUAGACUUUAGGGGAAAUGGGAGACACAGAACGUUUUAUCGGGUGUAGACUUUAGGGGAAAUGGGAGACUCAGUAAGUGUUAAUUUCCAGCUUUAGUUAUAAAGACCAAUCCUUUGGUUGAUGAAACAAAACUCCAGUCGCUCAUGAAGCUACAGAAAGAACAUUUGAAUGAGAACGUGUCAUUAUAUUUUCAUGCUUUUAUGUAAUAUGCGGAUUUUUUUUUUAAUAACCAUCAUAUAAUAAACAAGAAUGGCAAGAUGCUUUACAGAUUUGCUUUUAAAAUGGUUGUUAUUCGAGUUGUUUUAUUAUUUUUAUUUUAGCUUAUUUAUUUAUUUUGCUUUUAAUAGAAGUUUGAAAAGAAGUCAGUUUCAGCUUAAGUUAUAAAAUAUUUCAUUGGAUACGUCUUGUCAUUUUGGUAAUGUCUUAAGACAGCGGUUCUCAAACUUUCUGAUGCCGCGACCCUUUAAUACAGUUCCUCAUGUUGUGGCGAACCCCGACCACAAAAUUAUUUUCGUUGAUACUUUAUAACUGUUGAGUGCAUGUGUUUUUCGAUGGUCUUGGGCGACCCCUGUGAAAGGGUCGUGGGACUACCAAAUGGUUGAGACCCGCUGUCUUAAGUGUCGUCAUAAUUUUCAUGAAGUUACGACAUUGAACACAUCUGUACGCAGCCGUGGCUCGUGUUAGACAGGUUAUAGGUCGAAUCAAUAUAUAUGUAUGGAUAUAUAUGUAUACACAGAGAGAGAAAGAGACACAUGGGGGCAGAAAGAGAGAGAGAGGGGGUGGAGGGAGGGAGAGUUAUUUUAAAAACCUUAGGGUCAUUGAGAACUUUAUUUAUAAAAGCAAUUAAUUGCUCAACAAAAAAGAAUUAGAAUAUCUUUUUUUUUCAAUGCAGUUACAAUAACCCUUGCAUGAAGCCCCUUGUCGUGAAAUCUCUACGCGAUUUUACGGCAAUCUAAUUUAAUAUCACUGGAAGGCAAACUAAAAGGAACACUUAUAUGUAGUUUAUUGUUCAUAUAUAUUUUACCACAUACCACACAAUAGAGAUUGUGACUGAAGAUAUUCUUUUCAAUUAUUUUUUUUUCUUUUCCUCCCGUUCACCAAGGCAAGUUUCAGUCCACAUUUUUUUAUUUCGUUUCUGUCAGAUUCUCGGCUAGUCGUUGCUUCACUUUCCUACCACUUCCUCUAUCCUCCUACAGCCAACCACUUGUCUCCCUUAUUUAUGAUUUUACUACAUGCUUUUCUUAUUUCUAACAGAAACCUGAGGAUAAAGGCCCCAAAAAUGAGGUAAGUUAUUCAGACAUGUAAAACAUAAUCUUUGUCACAUGAAAUAUAUUCCCUAUCAUAUUAAACAAAAUCUUCACCACGUGAACCAUAAUCCCAAAAUAUCCAUGAGCUGGAAGGGAAACUAAAAAUUACACUUUUUUGUAGUCUAUGUUUCAUAUAUCUAUUACCAGAUGCCACAUAAUAGAGAUUGUGACUGAAGAUAUUCUUUUGUAUUUAUUUUUUUUCUUUUACUCCUGUUCACCAAGGCAAGUCCCAGUCCCCAUUUUUUUUUUCGUUUCUGUCAGAUUCUCGGCUAGUCGUUGCUUCUAUUUCCUACCACUUCCUCUAUCCUCCUACAGCAAACCACUUUUCUCCCUUAUUUAUGAUUGUACUACAUGCUUUUCAUAUUUCUAACAGAAAUCUGAGGAUAAAGGCCCCAAAAAUGAGGUAAGUUAUUCAGACAUGUAAAACAUAAUCUUUGUCACAUGAAAUAUAUUCCCUAUCAUAUUAAGCAAAAUCUUCACCACGUGAACCAUAAUCCCAAAAUAUCCAUGAGCUGGAACGGAAACUAAAAAUUACAAAUUUAUGUAGUCUAUGUUUCAUAUAUCUAUUACGACAUGCCACAUUAUAGAGAUUGUGACUGAAGAUAUUUUUUUCUUUUACUCCCGUUCACAAAGGCAAGUCCAAGUCCACAUUUUUUUUCGUUUCUGUCAGAUUCUCGGCUAGUCCUUGCUUCCAUUUCCUACCACUUCCUCUAUCCUCCUACAGCCAACCACUUGUCUCCCUUAUUUAUGAUUGUACUACAUGCUUUUCUUAUUUCUAACAGAAAUCUGAGGAUAAAGGCCCCAAAAAUGAGGUAAGUUAUUCAGACAUGUAAAACAUAAUCUUUGUCACAUGAAAUAUAUUCCCUAUCAUAUUAAGCAAAAUCUUCACCACGUGAACCAUAAUCUCAAGAUAUCCAUGAGCUGGAAGGGAUACUAAAAAUUACACUUUUUUGUAGUCUAUGUUUCAUAUAUCUAUUACCAGAUGCCACAUAAUAGAGAUUGUGACUGAAGAUAUUCUUUUGUAUUUAUUUUUUUUCUUUUACUCCUGUUCACCAAGGCAAGUCCCAGUCCACAUUUUUUUUUUCGUUUCUGUCAGAUUCUCGGCUAGUCGUUGCUUCUAUUUCCUACCACUUCCUCUAUCCUCCUACAGCCAACCACUUUUCUCCUUACUAUUCAACUUUAGUGAAGUUACAACAAUCGUCGCAUGUUCCCGUAUUUCAAUGUCCGAGCCCCGCUGCCACCGUGUGUUCAGUUCCAGUGAAAUUAACUACGCCCUGCCCUGUAUGAAGUUACCAAUGUCGUGUCCAGUUACAGCAAAUUAACUACGCCCUGCCCGUUAUCAAGUUGCCAACGUCCUGUUCAGUUCCAGUGAAAUAAUUACGUCCUGCUCUGUAUGAAGUUAGCAAUGUCGUGUCCAGUUACUGCAAAUUAACUACGCCCUGCCCUGUAUGAAGUUAACAAUGUCGUGUCCAGUUACAGCAAAUUAACUACGCCUUGUCCGUUAUCAAGUUGCCAACGUCCUGUUCAGUUCCAGUGAAAUAACUACGUCCUGCCCUGUAUGAAGUUACCAAUGUCGUGUCCAGUUACAGCAAAUUAACUACGCCCUGCCCGUUAUCAAGUUGCCAACGUCCUGUCCAGUUCCAGUGAUUAACUACGUCCUGCCCGUUAUCAAGUCACUAACCUCGUGUCAGUUCCAGUGAAAUAAUUACGUCCUGCUAUGUAUGAAGUUAUUAAUGUCGUGUCCAGUUACAGCGAAUUAACUACGCACUGUCCGUUAUCAAGUUGCCAACGUCCUGUUCAGUUCCAGUGAGUUAACUACGCCCCUCCACGUAUCGAGUUAUCUACGUUCCUUCGGUAGUGAGCUACCAAAUUCGUGUUCAGUUCCAGUGAAAUACCCAGCCCUGACCUUCGUCAAGUCGCCAACGUCCAGUUGAGUUCCAGUGAAUGAACUACGCAUUUCCCUGUAUCGAGUUAUCUACGUCCUGUCGGUAGUGAGCUACCAACUUCGUGUCCAGUGAGCUGUGAAGUCCUGUGGCCUGUCCGGUCACUCAGUUUAACAACGCCCUGUCCUGUUGCAACGAGCCACCAAAGUCCCACCCCGCAUCAAGCUUCCUAUGCCCGAUCCUGUAUUGGUGAGUUACCCACGAACUGUCCAGUGUCGGCGAUACGCCUACAUUCUGUCCAGUGAGCUGCCGAUGUCCCGUGACCCGUCCCGGUCACCCAGUUGAACAGCGCCCUGUCCUGCUUCAACGAGCCACCAACGUCCCGUCCUGCAUCAAGCUGCACAUGCCCGAUCCUGUAUUGGUGAGUUACCCACGAACUGUCCAGUGUCGUCGAUUCGCCUACAUUCUGUCCAGUGAACUACCGAUGUCCCGUGACCCGUCCCGGUCACCCACACCUCAAUGACUGUGUCCCAAGAUGGCCAUAUAGGACAAUUGAAGUUUGUGAGAGAACUAUUGACAGUAAAGAACCAUUGACACUUAAUUAAGCCCAGUGUGUGUUUUGAAUAAUAUUUAGAUUCUUUAGGACUUUCCACGAACCAGGCAAGUUGGAUUUUUAUUGUUUAAAACAUUUUUGGCAUUAAUUUUCUUAUGACUGAUGUAUUAACAUUUUUUUUACCUGGGUAGAAUUUAGAUUUUUGCUAGAGUUAGUAGACAGCGAUUGGUCCUUGAAACUUAAUUAUUGUUUACUGUAUGAUCACCCUUAAUUUGCAUUGAUAUGGCUGGAUAUGUCAGUAGGAAAUGGAGUUUAGAAGAAAUAAGGCAUGUGGGUGUGUUACUUUGUUAUACCGGAGAGAACCUAGAGGAGUAUAUAAGAGUUAAGUUCGAAGAACACGUACGGGAAGAGAGAGAGGAUGAACUUAGAGCCAGAGAGGAUGAACUUAGAGCCAGAGAGGAAGAACGUAUAGAUAGAAAGAGAGAGGAAGAACGUAUAUAUAGACAGAGAGAGAAUGAACGUAUAGAUAGACAGAGAGAGGAAGAACUUAGAGCCAGAGAGAAAGAACGUAUAGAUAGACAGAGAGAGGAAGAUCGUAUAGAAAGAGAUACACAGAGAGAGAGACAAUUUGAACUAGAUAAACUAGAUGAAAAAAUUAGACUGGCGGAAUUAGAGGCAGAACGACGGGAAAUUAUUUUAAAGAGACAGGCAUAUUAUUAUAGCGACAGUGACGAUGACGAGAGUGAGGGGGAAGAAAUAUAUUAUGGCAUUGCCAGCAUUCACUGUGAGAAUCCCUAUAAAAAUUUUAAUAGAGUUUCUAUUAAUGUAAGUGAAAACAAAUAUGUGGAUAACGGUGGACAUACUCAUGAUCCUGACCCCAGGCAAGAGCCGGCCUCGCAACCACGGUUCAUGGCUAAAGAUACUGAGGAACAAAAUGAUAUUAUUGCCUCUGCUGACGACUCAAUUUUUUUAAAUAGAAAUGACAGUGAUUUGUUAAUUGAUCCGUCGGCUAACGUUAAAAGGGACAACGUUGACCGUGCUGACAUACCCCCAGUGGCAAAGGGUACAGAUAUAGCUUUAGAUUCAUGUCAAAACGAGGUUGAAGUAGUUGGUGUAUCCCAGGAAGUCCAAUGUAAAGAAGAAAGGGGACGACAAUUUAAUAAGGUAGAAGUCAUUGGAAAUGACCUUAGGUGGACAUAUGUAGGGGAUUGUCCCAGCGCCACAGCAUGUAAUGAAUUGGUUGUUAUGGAAACGGGCGGCAUUGAAAUCAAAGAGAACCCUGUUCUAAUGUCUGAGGACAUGAUUUUUGUUGUAUCUCAUGGUGAGCCAUCAGAUAAUGUAAGUCCUGAAGUUGAAGUGCCUGAUUUUUUGUGUGAGGUUGAUGAGGUGAGUGUAAUCCCUGAGGUGGGGGAAGGAGAGAAAAUUGUUGUUGAUAAUUAUUGUGAUGUAAAUGAGUCACUGUGUAAUGUGAGCAAAGGUUGCUCAAAUGUUGAUAUUUUUACAGAGAUAUGUACUGGUAAUGAAUAUGAAUUAGUUGAUAAUGUGAGCCAGGUGUGCUCAGGUUUUGAUGUUACUGCAGAGAUCUGCAAUGAAAAUGUAUCACAAGUUGUUAUGAGCAAGGGUUGCUCAAAAUUUUAUAGUAUUACAGAGAGCUGUAUUGAUGAUGAAUCAAUAGGUAGUGUGAGCCAGGGCUGCUCAGAUUUUCAUAUUGUUACGGAUAGCUGUAAUGAUAAUGAAUCACCUGUAAAUGUGAGCCAGGGCUGCUCAAAUUUUCAUAUUGUUACGGAUAGUUGUAAUGAUAAUGAAUCACCUGUAAAUGUGAGCCAGGGCUGCUCAAAUUCACAUAUUGUUACAGAUAGCUGUAAUGAAAAUAAAUUCCCAAGUAAUGUGAGUGAAGGUUGUCCAGAUUUUGAGAGCCAGGAGUGCUCUAACAUUAAGUUGGAAACCAAUGUUGAAAGUGUUAAAGAGAGCGCUGCCAGCUCUAAAGGUGCACUUGUUUAUGAUUUUCAAGAGGAGGUGAGUUGUCAGGUCCAUGAGUUGGGAGGUGAGGCUUUUAAUUGUAUUGUUAAACAAAAUGAAUCUGUUAAAAUGAACUGUUGCCAUGAUUUCUUUGAAGUUCCUGAUUUGUUUGAAUUUCUUUUUUAUGAGAAUCGUUUUUCAUUUUAUAACAAUUUAAAAAUAUGUAUUGUAAAACUGAGGUUUCACAUGAGUUAUGACCACGGGUCAAAAGAACAGGGAGAGAUAAUUUUAAUUAUAAUAAACAUGUUGAAGCAUAAAGUUGUGAAAUCCACGGACAAAAGAUAUGUCCCGCCAUCUGUAGCUGUGUUAUUUAAGAGCAAAUAAAGGCUGCUCAAAUUGUGGUGAGACAUCUCUCACCUGUAAUAAUGUUAGAUAGUUUUGUGUUUCUAUAGUGAUGACCAUUGGUUUUAUUUAAAAAUACACCUUUUUGAUGAUAUGAUUUGGAUUAACUUAGUUAUAGUUUCAACUUCAGUAAGGAUAUUGAUGUAUUUGCCCGGAUUUUUGAGAUACAAAUAUAAUUAUUUUUAUUGGUAUGAAAAAUGAAAAUUAAUGUUGACAUUCAAUUUUAAUGGUCUGAUUUUUAUUGUGGUACAUGAAUUUUUAACUCUUGAAUUGCAUUUAAAAUUAUGUACGAAGGAUUGUUUAUUUUAUUGCAGUAUAUCAUAAAUCUGUUUGAUUUUCAGUGAUACCUAAAUAAUGUUUUUUGAUAAGGACCAUUCAUAUGGCUGAAGGGUUCUUCUUGAUGUAAUUGAUGUAAAUUUUGUAUGUCUGGUGACGAUUUCACUCCCUGAGUAAAAUCUGAAAUGAAAGAGGGGGGAUAUGUCGAGUAUGAGCGUUCAUUAGGAAUUGUUGCGACUCAAUAUUAUGUUCAUUAGUUGUUGAACGUGUUUCCCGCGCUUGACUAUUAUAGUUAGUGAACGCUCUUCCCGCCAUUGUAUUUAUGACGUAUUGUCUAUGCAGUGUUGUGACGUAUGUUGUAGUCGUGCGGCAGUCUUGAGUGGAACCUUGGAGUGAUAGGAUGUUUAUUAUAUUUACUUAGAUAUUAAAGUUAUAGUUAUUAUGAAAAGGAGUUGAGUUUGUUAAUUGAUAGUUAGAAUAGUACGACGCUUCAACGUAUGAAAGAACUGACGAAUGUAAUCAAUCCAGAAGACGUGUAGGAGUUGACAACCACUUCCUCUAUCCUCCUACAGCCAACCACUUUUCUCCCUUAUUUAUGAUUGUACUACAUGCUUUUCUUAUUUCUAAAAGAAACCUGAGGGUAAAGGCCCAAAAAAUGAGGUAAGUUAUUCAAACAUGUAAAACAUAAUCUUUGUCACAUGAAAUAUAUUCCCUAUCAUAUUAAGCAAAAUCUUCACCACGUGAACCAUAAUCCCAAAAUAUCCAUGAGCUGGAAGGGCAACUAAAAAUUACACUUUUAUGUAGUCUAUGUUUCAUAUAUUUAUUACGACAUGCCACAUAAUAGAGAUUGUGACUGAUGAUAUUAUUUUUUAUUUAUUUUUUUUCUUUUACUCCUGUUCACCAAGGCAAAUCGAAGUCCACAUUUUGUUUUUCGUUUCUGUCAGAUUCUCGGCUAGUCGUUGCUUCUAUUUCCUACCACUUCCUCUAUCCUCCUACAGCCAACCACUUUUCUCCCUUAUUUAUGAUUGUACUACAUGCUUUUCUUAUUUCUAACAGAAACCUGAGGGUAAAGGCCCCAAAAAUGAGGUAAGUUAUUCAAACAUGUAAAACAUAAUCUUUGUCACAUGAAAUAUAUUCCCUAUCAUAUUAAGCAAAAUCUUAACCACGUGAACCAUAAUCCCAAAAUAUCCAUGGGCUGGAAGGGAAACUAAAAAUUACACUUUUAUAUAGUCUAUGUUUCAUAUAUCUAUUACCACAUGCCACAUAUUAGAGAUUGUGACUGAAGAUAUUCUCUUCUAUUUAUUUUUUUUUUCUUUUACUCCCGUUCACCAAGGCAAGUCCCAUUCCCCAUUUUUUUCGUUUCUUUCUGAUUCUUGGCUAGUCGUUGCUUCUAUUUCCUACCACUUCCUCUAUCCUCCUACAAGCAAACCACUUUUCUCCCUUAUUUAUGAUUGUACUACAUGCUUUUCUUAUUUCUAACAGAAAUCUGAGGGUAAAGGCCCCAAAAAUGAGGUUAGUUAUUCAGACAUGUAAAACAUAAUCUUUGUCACAUGAAAUAUAUUCCCUAUAAUAUUAAGCAAAUUCUUCACAAUGUGAACUAUAAUCCCAAAAUAUCUAUGAGCUGGAAGGGAAACUAAAAAUUACACUUUUAUGUAGUCUAUGUUUCAUAUAUCUAUUACCACAUGCCACACAAUAGAGAUUGUGACUGAAUAUAUUCUUUUUUAUUUAAUUUUUUUUCUUUUACUCCCGUUCACCAAGGCAAGUCCCAGUCCCCAUUUUUUUUUUCGUUUCUGUCAGAUUCUCGGCUAGUCGUUGCUUCCAUUUCCUACCACUUCCUCUAUCCUCCUACAGCCAACCACUUUUCUCCCUUAUUUAUGAUUGUACUACAUGCUUUUCUUAUUUCUAACAGAAAUCUGAGGAUAAAGGCCCCAAAAAUGAGGUAAGUUAUUCAAACAUGUAAAACAUAAUCUUUGUCACAUGAAAUAUAUUCCCUAUCAUAUUAAGCAAAAUCUUCAACACGUGAACCAUAAUCCCAAAAUAUCCAUGAGCUGGAAGGGAAACUAAAAAGUACACUUUAUGUAGUCUAUGUUUCGUUUAUAUAAUACCACAUGCCACAUAAUAGAGAUUGUGACUGAAGAUAUUCUUUUCUAUUUAUUUUUUUUUUCUUUUACUCUCGUUCACCAAGGCAAAUCCCAGUCCACAUUUUGUUUUUCUGUCAGAUUCUCGGCAAGUAAUUGCUUUAUUUCCUACCACUUCCUCUAUCCUCCUACAGCCAACCACUUUUCUCCCUUAUUUAUGAUUGUACUACAUGCUUUUCUUAUUUCUAACAGAAAUCUGAGGAUAAAGGCCCCAAAAAUGAGGUAAGUUAUUCAGACAUGUAAAAAACAAUCUUUGUCAAACGAAAUUUAUUCCCUAUCUAUCAUAAGCAAAAUCUUCACCACGUGAACCAUAAUCCCAAAAUAUCCAUGAGCUGGAAGGGAAACUAAAAAUUACACUUUUAUAUAGCCUAUGUUUCAUAUAUCUAUUACCACAUGCCACAUAAUAGAGAUUGUGACUGAAGAUAUUUUUUUCUUUUUUUUUAGUUUAUUCCCGCUCACCAAGGCAAGUCCCAGUCCCCAAUUUUUUUUUCGUUUCUGUCAGAUUCUCGGCUAGUGGUUGCUUCCAUUUCCUACCACUUCCUCUAUCCUCCUACAAGCCAACCACUUUUCUCCCUUAUUUAUGAUUGUACUACAUGCUUUUCUUAUUUCUAACAGAAACCUGAGGGUAAAGGCCCCAAAAAUGAGGUAAGUUAUUCAGACAUGUAAAACAUAAUCUUUGUCACAUGAAAUAUAUUCCCUAUCAUAUUAAGCAAAAUCUUCACCAUGUGAAUCAUAAUCCCAAAAUAAGCAUGAGCUGGAAGGGAAACUAAAAAUUACACUUUUAUGUAGUCUAUGUUUCAUAUAUCUAUUACCACAUGCCACAUAAUAGAGAUUGUGACUGAAGAUAUUCUUUUCUAUUUAUUUUUUUUUUCUUUUACUCCCGUUCACCAAGGCAAAUCCCAGUCAACAUUUUGUUUUUCGUUUCUGUCAGAUUCUCGGCUAGUCGUUGCUUCUAUUUCCUACCACUUCCUCUAUCCUCCUACAGCCAACCACUUUUCUCCCUUAUUUAUGAUUGUACUACAUGCUUUUCUUAUUUCUAACAGAAACCUGAGGAUAAAGGCCCCAAAAAUGAGGUAAGUUAUUCAGACAUGUAAAACAUAAUCUUUGUCACAUGAAAUAUAUUCCCUAUCAUAUUAAGCAAAAUCUUCACCACGUGAACCAUAAUCCAAAAAUACCCAUGAGCUGGAAGGGAAACUAAAAAUUACACUUUUAUGUAGUCUAUGUUUCAUAUAUAUAUUACCUCAUUUCACAUAAUAGAGAUUGUGACUGAAGAUAUUCUAGUUUUAUUUAGUUAUUGUUUUUUGUUUUAGUCCCGUUCACCAAUGCCAGACGAAGACGCAAUAAGUAAACACUUAGUAACAUUAGAAUAUGGAAAUAAAGUGGAUGUUUCAGUGCUACAACAUUUCCUCUUAUAAUAUGCAAACAUUUUAUGGUCCCAGAAUUAACUCGCACUCAAACACAACACAUACAUAUUAAAAAAACAAAACAAAAAUACAUAAUUAAACACACACAUGUGCACACUUAAAUUUGAAGUUUUAAAAAACUAAAUAAUUUAUAAAUUACAAUAGAGGUUUGAGUGGUUUCAAGCGUUCGUAGUGAGAUUAGUUGAAGAACCUCAUAAUAUAAAGGGCCACGACAAAUUUAUUGAUCAUUCUGGCUCCUAUGGUUUGAUAGAAGUAGAAAAACUAUAAUUCAUUAUCUAUAACUUUGUUCAUCUUUCCAGAACCGAUCUGACAAGCCAACUCGGGAGCCAAAAGUGGUGGGUUCGAUUCAGUUCAUAUGUUUAUCAGUUUCUGCAGUUUGUUUUUGUACAUACAUUUACAGAACUUCACUGACACAACGUGACACACUGAAACAGCACGUCACGUACUCUGUGUCACCAUUUCACUUGCAAUGCCACAGCAUCAUAUGACUCAAAAUUUCAAAACAGAGCAUUUCUCUGUCUCCCUGUCACAACAUAUUGAAUUUACUGUUACACCAUGCCACGUAUUUUGUGACAACAUCGCAUAAGUUCUAUCUAAUCAUGCCACUCAUGCUUUCAAAAUAUAUCAUUUAUCCUGACAUGGCAUGUCACUUAUAUUGUCACAAACCAGGCUAUUACCAUAUAACAUGUCGUAUUAAAACAAAAUCCAAUUUUUGAAAAAAAACUAAACAGAUUAUCAGAGGCGAAACUAGAUGCAAAAUAUAAUAAAUUAGGGCCCACUACCUGUUAAUCUAUAUUUCACUACCUGCUCAUCUCUAUUUCACUACCUCUUAAUCUCUAUUUCACUAUCUGUUCAUUUCUAUUCACGACCUGUUCAUUUCUAUUUCACUACUUGUUAAUCUCUAUUUCACUAACUGUUAAGGCCUCGAGAUCCAAAAGCCUAUAAUGUGUUUCUAAUGUUUUAACAUUAAAUGUUCUGUCCGAUUACUUUCCCGUAUUUUAUUUAAAAGUCAAUAAUUCCUAUUUCCGAUAAUGGUUUUACACAACCAUCCCAACACCACCCAUCUAACCUCCAAUCCCCACAUUACUUUCCCGUAUUUUAUUUAAAAGUCAAUAAUUCCUAUUUCCCAUAAUGGAUUUCCCCCCCCCCCACCCCCCACCCCACGCACACCUAAAUAAUCCUUAUUACAAGCGCUCCUUUGCAGCGUACAAUUCCAGCUGUUGAACACUGGUCUAUGAGCUUAUAUUUAAUCAACGUAAAGCUAACCAACAACAAUCUCUUUCAUUUUCAGUCAAGACCAACUGAUGCACCAUCUGGCAACGCAUCUGGUGACGUGAGUAGCUCAUCACUUAUACACAGGAUGUCUUUUUACCAGUUUAAAAUUUAUAAAAAGAUAAAGUGUUUUUAAAAAAAACAAUUUUCUCUUAAUCUGAGUCCCCAUUUUUUUUUUCGUUUAUGUCAGAUUAUCGGCUAGUCGUUGCUUCCAUUGCCUACAUUUUCCCGUUCCUACCACUUCCCCUAUAUCCCUACAGCUAACCACUUUCUCCCUUAUUUAUGAUUGUACUUCAUGGUUUUCUUAUUUCUUACAGAGGCAUAAAGGUAAAGGCCCCAAAAAUGAGGUAAGUUAUUCAGACAUGUAAAACAAAAUAUCUGUAACAUGAAAUAUAUUCUCUAUUAUAUUAAGCAUAAUCUUCAUCACGUGAACCAUAAUCCCAAGAUACCCAUGAGCUGAAAGGGAAACUAAAAAGGUACACUUAUGUGUAGUCUAUUUUACAUACAUCUAUCACCACAUUCCACAUAAUAGAGAUUGUGACUGAAGAUAUCCUAAUUUUAUUUAGUUUUUGUUUUUGUUUUAGUCCCUUUCACCAAUGCCAGAGGAAGACGCAAUAAGUAAACUGGUAGUAACAUUAGAAUGUGGAAAUAAAGGGGAUAUUUCAGAACUACACAAUUUCCUCUAAUAAUAUGUGAACAUUUUAUGGUCCCAGAAUUAACUCGCACUCAAACACAACACAUACAUAUUUUUUAAAAAAAAAUACAUAAUAACACACACACAUGUGCACACUUAAAUUAGAAGUUUAUCAAAAAUAACUAAUUUAGAAAUUACAAUAGAGGUUUGAGUGGCUUCAAGCGUUCGUAGUGAGAUAAGUUGAAGAAAUGCAACGGAUACUUCUUCCACUAUAAAUUAAGGUGCCAAGACAAAUUUAUUGAUCUUUCUUUCUCGUAUGGGUUGAUAGAAGAAGAGAAGCUAUAAUUCAUUAUCUAUAACUCUGUUCAUCUUUCCAGAACCGAUCUGACAAGCCAACUCGGGUGCAAAAAGAGGUGGGUUCCAUUCAAUUCAAAUGUUCAUCAGUUUCUUCAGUUUGUUUUUUUUUUACAUACAUUUACAGCACUUGAUUGACACACUGUCACAUCACGUCACGUACUCUGUGUUACCUUUUCACUUGUAAUGUCACAGCAUCAUGUGACUCAAAAUGUCAAACCAGAGCAUUUAUUCUUUCGCCCUGUCACAGCAAACUGAAUUUACUGUUACACCAUGCCACGUAUAUUGUCACAACAUGGCAUAUGUUCUAUCAAAUCCUAUCACGCAUGCUGUCAAAACAUAUUAUUUAUCCUGAUUUGGCAUGUCACUUAUAAUGUCACAAACCAGGCUAUUACCAUAUAACAUGUCGUGUUAAAACAAAAUCAAAUUUUUGAAAAAAAAUAAAUAGAUUAUCAGAGGCGGAACUAGACGCAAACUAUGAUAAAUUAGGGCCCACUACCUGUUUAUCUCUAUUUCACUACCUGUUCAUUUCUAUUUACUACAUGUUCAUUUCUAUUUAAUUACCUUGUAAUUUUAUUUCACUACUUUUUAAUCUCUAUUUCACUAACGUUUAAGGCCUUAAGAUCCAAAAGCAUAUAAUGUGUUUAUAUUACAGUAAAAAUGUGUUAAUUUUAAAUGUUCUGUCCGACUACUUUAUCGUAUUUUAUUCAAAAGGCAAUAAUUCCUAUUUCCGAUAAUGGAUUUCCCCCACACACACACCAAUAAUCCAUAUCACAAGGGCUCGUUGCAGCGCACAAUUUCAGCUGUUGAACAAUGGUCUAUGAGCUUAUAUUUAAUCAACGUAAAGCUAACCAACAGCAAUCUCUUCCAUUUUCAGUCAAGACAAAGUGGCGCAGGAUAUGGCAACGCAUCUGGCAACGCAUCUGGCAACGCAUCUGGCAACGAAUCUGGCAACGUGAGUAGAUACUCAUAUAAAGGAUGUUUUUUCAUCAGUUUUAAAAUUUAUAAAAAGAUAAAGAGGUUAAAAAAACUAUUUUGUGUUAGUCCCAGUCCCCAUUUUUUUUAUUUUCGUUUCGUUCAGAUUCUCGGCUAGUCAUUGCUUCCCCUUCCUACCACUUCCUAUAUCCCCCUACAGCCAACCACUUUCUCCCUUAUUUAUGAUUGUACUACAUGCUUUUCUUAUUUCUUACAGCGACCUGAUGGUAAAGGCCCCAAAAAUGAGGUAAGUUAUUUAAACAUGUAAAACAUAAUCUUUGUCACAUGAAAUAUAUUCCCAAUCAUAUUAAGCAUAAUCUUCACCACGUGAACCAUAAUCCCAAAAUACCCAUGAGCUGGAAGGGAAACUAAAAAGUACACUUUUAUGUAGUCUAUUUUACAUAUAUCCAUUAGCACAUUUCACAAAAUAGUGAUUGUGACUGAAGAUAUUUUUUUGUUAUUUAUUUUAUUUUAUUUGUUUUAGUCCCGUUCACCAAUGCCAGACGAAGACGCAAUAAGUAAACACGUAGCAACAUUAGAAUGUGGAAAUAAAGUGGAUAUUUCAGAACUACACAAUUUCCUCUAAUAAUAUGCAAACAUUUUAUGGUCCCAGAAUUAACUCGCACUCCAACACAACACGUACAUAUUUUAAAAAAAUAUUAAAAAAUACAUAUUUACACACAUACACAAAAAACUAACUAAUUUAGACAUUAAAAUAGUGGUUUGAGUGUCUUCAAACGUUCGUAGUGAGAUGAGUUGAAGAAAUGCAACGAUAACUUCUUCGUCGAUAUAUUAAGGGGCCACGACAAUUUUAUUGAUCAUUCUGGCACCUAUGGUUGAUAAAAAAAGUAAAACUAUAAUUCAUUCUCUAUAAGUUUGUUCAUCUUUCCAGAGCGGAUCUGACAAGCCAACUCGGGAGCCAAAAGUGGUGGGUUCGAUUCAGUUCAUAUGUUUAUCAGUUUCUGCAGUUUGUUUUUUUACAUACAUUUACCGAACUUCACUGACACAACGUGACACACUGUCACAGCACGUCACGUACUCUGUGUCACUUGCACUGUCACAGCAUCAUGUGACUCAAAAUGUCAAACCAGACCAUUUCUCUGUCGCCCUUUCACAACAUAUUAAAUUUACUGUUACACCAUGCAACGUAUAUUGUCACAACAUGGCAUAUGUUCUAUCAAAUCAUGUCACUCAUGCCUUCAAAACAUAUCAUUUAUCCUGACAUGACAUGUCACUUUCAUUGUCACAAACCAGUCUAUUACCAUAUAACAUUUCGUAUUAAAACAAAAUCGAAUUUUUGAAAAAAAUAAACAGAUUAUCAGAGGCGAAACUAGAUGCAAAAUAAAAUAAUUAGGGCCCACUACCUGUUAAUCUCUAUUUCACUACCUGUUCAUUUCUAUUAACUACCUUUUCAUUUCUAUUUCACUACUUGUUAAUCCCUAUUUCACUAACUGUUAAGGCCUCGAUAUCCAAAAAGCCUACAAUGUGUUUCUAUUACAGUAAAAAUGUGUUAACUUUAAAAGUUCUCUCCAACUACUUUCCCGUAUUUUAUUUAAAAGGCAAUAAUCCCUAUUACCGAUAAUGGAUCUCCCACCCCCCACCCCCCCCCAAACCACGCACACACCAAUAAUCCUUAUUACAAGUGAUCCUUUGCAGCAUACAAUUCCAUCUGUUAUACACUGGUCAUUCCCCUAUUUUUUUUAAAAAGCAAAAAUUCCCAUUUCCCCUAAAGGGUCUCCCCCCCCCCCCCCCCCCCCCCCCCCAAACCACGCACACACCAAUAAUCCUUAUUACAAGUGAUCCUUUGCAGCAUACAAUUCCAUCUGUUAUACACUGGUCUAUGAGCUUAUAUUUAAUCAACGUAAAGCUAACCGACAACAAUCUCCUUCCAUUUUCAGACAAGACAAAGUGGCGCAGGAUCUGGCAACGAAUCUGGAAACGUAAGUAGCUCAUCACUCAUACACAGGGUGCAUUUUUUAUCAGUUUAAAAUUUAUAAAAAGAUAAAGAGGUUAAAAAAACAAUUUUCUGUUAAUCACAGUCCCCAUUUUUUUUUUCGUUUCUGUCAGAUUAUCGGCUAGUUGUUGCUUCCAUUUCCUAUCAUUUCAACUAUCCCCUACAGCCAACCACUUGUCUCCCUUAUUUAUGAUUGUACUACAUGCUUUUCUUAUUUCUAACAGAAAUCUGAGGAUAAUGGCCCCAAAAAUGAGGUAAGUUAUUCAGACAUGUAAAACAUAAUCUUUGUCACAUGAAAUAUAUUCCCAAUCAUAUUAAGCAUAAUCUUCACCACGUGAACCAUAAUCCCAAAAUACCCAUGAGCUGGAAGGGAAACUAAAAAGUACACUUUUAUGUAGUCUAUUUUACAUAUAUCCAUUAGCACAUUUCACAAAAUAGUGAUUGUGACUGAAGAUAUUUUUUUGUUAUUUAUUUUAUUUUAUUUGUUUUAGUCCCGUUCACCAAUGCCAGACGAAGACGCAAUAAGUAAACACGUAGCAACAUUAGAAUGUGGAAAUAAAGUGCAUGUUUCAGAGCUACACAAUUUUCUCUAAUAAUAUGCAAACAUUUUAUGGUCCCCGUAUUAACUCGCAUGCAAACACAACACAUACAUAUUUUUUUAAAAAAUACGUAAUUACACACACACAUGUGCAAACUUCAAAUAGAAGUUUAAAACCUAACUAAUUUAGAAAUUACAAUAGAGGUUUGAGUGGCUUCAUGCGUUCGUAGUGAGAUGAGUUGAAGAAAUGCAACGGUUACUUCUUCCUUUAAAUAUUAAGGGGCCACGACAAAUUUAUUGAUCAUUCUGGCACCUAUGGGUUGAUUGAAGUAGAAAAACUAUAAUUCAUUAUCUAUAAUUUUGUUCAUCUUUCCAGAACCGAUCUGACAGGCCACCUCGGGAGCCAAAAGAGGUGGGUUCAAUUCAAUUCAUAUGUUCAUCAGUUUCUGCAGUUUGUUUUUUUACAUACAUUGACAGCACAUCACUGACACUGACACAACGUGACACACUGUCAUAGCACGUCACGUACUCUGUGUCACCUUUUCACUUGCACUGUCACAGCAUCAUGUGACACAAAAUGUCAAACCAGUCCAUUUCUCUGUCGCCCUGUCACCACAUAUUAAAUUUACUGUUACACCAUGCAACGUAUAUUGUCACAACAUGGCAUAUGUUCUAUCAAAUCAUGUCACUCAUGCCUUCAAAUGAUAUCAUUUAUCCUGACAUGGCAUGUCACUUAUAUUGUAACAAACCAGGCUAUUACCAUAUAACAUUUCGUAUUAAAACAAAAUCGAAUUUUUGAAAAAAAAUAAUCAGAUUAUCAGAGGUGGAACUAGACGCAAAAUAUAAUAAAUUAGGGCCCACUACCUGUUAAUCUAUAUUUCACUACCUCUUAAUCUCUAUUUCACUAUGUGUUCAUUUCUAUUUACUACCUGUUAAUUUCUAUUUCACUACUUGUUAAUCCCUAUUUCACUAACUGUUAAGGCAUCGAUAUCCAAAAAGCCUACAAUGUGUUUCUAUUACAGUAAAAAUGUGUUAACUUUAAAUGUUCUGUCCAACUACUUUCCCGUAUUUUAUUUAAAAGUCAAUAAUUCCUAUUUCCGAUAAUGGAUUGCCCCCCCCCCCCACGCACACACACACCAAUAAUCCUUAUUACAAGCGCUCCUUUGCAGCUUACAAUUCCAUCUUUUAUACACUGGUCUAUGAGCUUAUAUUUAAUCAACGUAAAGCUAACCAACAACAAUCUCUUUCAUUUUCAGUCAAGACCAACUGACGCACCAUCUGGAAACGCACCUGUUAACGUAAGUAGCUCAUCACUCAUACACAGGAUGUUUUUUCAUCAGUUUAAAUUUGUUAAAAAGAUAAAGAGGUUAAAAAAACUAUUUUCUGUUAGUCCCAGUCCUUGUUUUUUUUAUUUUCGUUUCUUUCAGAUUCUCUGCUAGUCGUUACUUCCAUUUCCUACCACUUCCCCUUCCUACCACUUCCUCUAUCCCCUACCCCCAUAUCUUUUUUCUCCCUUAUUAAUGAUUGUAUUACAACUGGUUUUCUUAUUUCUAACAGAGACCUGAGGGUAAAGGCCCCAAAAAUGAGGUAAGUUAUUCAGACAUGUAAAACAUAAUCCUUGUCACAUGAAAUAUAUUCCCUAUCAUAUUAAGCAUAAUAUUAAUCACAUGAACCAUAAUCCCAAAAUACCCAUGAGCUGGGUGGGUACGCCGCUGGCGUUUGUAUUUGUUAAACUUGCAGUUGUUGAACAUUUUACUGCGAAUGUUGAAGGAAAUCUUACCACUUGAGUCUUCUUCGGUAUUUUCUUUUCUGUUUUUUUUUUUUUUAAAUUUUUGUGAAUGAUAUUUAUUCUGUCAUUAGACAGGUUCGAUUUCUCGCCAAUCGAUUACCAAUGAAAGUUCUUUUGUUUUUUUAAUCGUAUGGCCGAUAUCUUUUUUUUUAAUAAAUAACUAUGUCGCGUUUCCAUUUUUUUUUUUUAACAUUAACGUUGAAAUAAAUAAAAUGAUUGUCUUACCCUGAAAUGCGACAUGAUUGCGUUCGGCUGAAAUGUGACAUGAUUGCGUUCGGCUGAAAUAUGACACGAUUGUGUUUUUAUGUAUUCCAGAAGCCACAACGCAGUUAGUCCACUCUGCCUCCAUCUGGUGAGUACGUCACGGUGAUCAGUGGUUUGAAGUGUUUAUUUAAGGCUUAUCAAUUGACGGGAGAGAAAUGUGCUGUACUUCAUUGAAAGCUGGGGACAAACUAAUACAAAAAUAGUUUACACUUCAAGGGGAAUAGGACUUUUUGGGCAGGACUUGUGGUACAAGUCCUAACAAGGGGUACAAGCCUUUACCUGUGGUACACUUCUUACCUGUGGCACAAGUCUUUACCUGUGGUACAAGUCUUUACCUGUGGUACAUGUCUUUACCUGUGUUACAACUCCUAAUCUGUGUUACAAGUCUUUACCUGUGGUGCACUCCUUACCUAUGGUGCAAGUCUUUACCUGUAGUAUAACUCCUUACCUGUCGUACAACUCCUUACCUGUGGUACAAGCCCUUACCUAUGGUACAAGUCUUUACCUUUGGUACAACUCCUUACCUGUGGUACAAGUCUUUACCUGUGGUACAACUCCUAACCUGUGGUACAAGUCUUUACCUGUGGUACACUUCUUACCUGUGGUACAAGUCCUUACCUGUGGUACAACUCUUUACCUGUGGUACAACUCCUAACCUGUGAUACAGCUCCUAACAUGUGGUGCAGCUCCUGACCGAUGGUACAACUCCUAACAUGUGGUACAACUCCUAACCUGUGGCACAACUCCUAACCUGUGGUACAAGUCCUAAAUUUUGCUACAAGUCAUUACCUGUGGUACAAGUCCUUAAAUGUAUAAUAAGCUCAAGAGAUCGUAAAUUAUCUAAGAGGCUGUUUCGGGGUCGCAAAUCGAGAGAUGCAUAAGGUCCCCUCCUAAUACCCCCGACCUAUCGUCUGCUAUAAAUAAUGUCAAACCCUCUCAGUAACCCAGUCAGCCCAUUUUAACAUAUCACGAACGACCUUAAUAUUUCUUUCUUUCUUUCCAGAUGGAAUUGACACACUCUGUUAUGUAUCAGCCAUCUAGGACUAUGAAGAUUUUACAUCUAUACAAAAAAAAUAAUAAACUGUAUUAAGUGAUAAUUUAGAAUGACAAUAAUUGUUUUGAGUUUCGUAACUUAACUAUAUAUCACAAUGUAAACAGCGCCUG